AUGGCGGUCAUCAAUCCAAUCCAUAUUGGAACCCGCGCUUUCGGCAACCUUCACGACCUCGUGGUCGAUCGGCUGCCAACAACUGGCCCAGCAGCAAAGACCCAAACCCAUGCAGCUAGAGAGUUCCAUCCAAGCUCAAGCCUACCUGCAGAAGCAAAACUCUCGCUCGGAAUCAACGACGCUCAAAUCCUCAGCCAACGCCGCCGAGACGCGCACAACAACGUCAGCCAUGACAGGGCGAACAAACCCAACCACAACAGCGCCAAGCACACUACGUCCAAGCAGAACCACCCCAGCAACUGUCACAAGAACAACGACCCCGUUGCAACCAGGUGGAAUCACGCCGACACAAACACUGGCGACACCACAUUCAACUACACACCACAGCCCGGCCCAGGAGUGCCCGGCUUCUCGCACGGCCGUUACUGCCACUGCAGUGCCUGCAACAACUCCAGACUUCGACACAGCAAAGACACAAAGCCAAUCGCCUGCCCAAAUAAUGGCCGCCCUAAAGACGCCGCCCGCAAACGCGAUCUGGAAGAAAAGCAACGGCUCAAGGAACGCCUCCAACGCCGCAAUGGCGACGACGUGGACGACGAUUGCGACGACGACGCUACCACCCUGCCCGAGCCGGUCCAUGCUACCACGCGCGAGGCCGCGCAGCUCACUACUACAAACCAAAACCAAGAAGACGUCGACUUCAACGCAGCCCACGCACACCUGCGCCACACCCAACAACCACACCGUCAACAGAAACAACCACAAACCAUCGCGGAACGGCUGCGCGGAGAGGCGUUCAAGUACCAUUCCAUCGACUACCCCUACGACCAAGAGGCGCUCGAACGAGCCGCCAAGGUCGUCCCAGACGCAUGGCGCUUCGACAAGGACGGCAUGCCGCGCGAGGAGCUCCUCCGGUACAUGAGCCCAAACCAUCCGUGCAUCAGACAGUCUCGUAGCGCCGGGAUCCUGCCAUACACUGAUGGGGACAGCACCUACUACACCACGCGCUGGGAGCAGAUCCAGCAGCAACAACUUCAACAACGAGCCCACAAGGAGCGGGCUUUGCAAGGACACAACGACGAGUCUGGUGUCUCCUGCUCCGACAACAGGGACAAGAAAGAAGACAGCAAUGACGACGACGAGGAAUGCAUCGAGGAGCCGCGGUCGGCACAGAGAGAGCUGUGGUGCUGGGAGACCAAGGCGGAUGCGGUAUACGUGCCGUACUUCAGCGUCCACAAGCCAAAGGACGAGGUUAAGGACUGGUUCGAGUUUGUAGAGGAGAAUUGGGAGUCCACCUUUUGA